UAGGUGUAACUGUGGGGUUUUCUUUCGAACAGAAAGCAAAAAAAGAAAGUGAAUUUAAUCAGAAAGCUGGUCUCGAAGCUCCACACAUUCUCCUCCUCCUCCUUCGCUCGUUCAUUUCCGCAACUCUUCGGAGAUGUUCGUGGUUUAAUUAGCGCAGUUCGGCGCAGUUCGGCUCCGCUCGGCUGUUUCCGCCGCGCUUCGGCUCUUUUCGGUAGCCAUGUUCGGGGGAGAGGCGCCGAGCUCCGUGACUAACACAGAACAACUUCAUUCCGCCGGAUCGCUUCACCUGGAGGAGUGUUGAGGACGGACCCACACUCACACUCACUCACACACACACACACACACACACACACACACUUACACACACUCUGUGCAGGUUUUCCCUGGUGCAGGAGGAAUGUGCUGCUUGUGAGUCCCGUGUUAUUUAUUUGUACAAACUCGUCCUCAUCCUGAGAGCACUUUUAGGAAGGUUGUGAACAUGGCAUCUGGUGGAUUCAAGUCAAACGCGGCGACGGAUUUUCUGGAGGAAUGGAAGGCCAAGCGGGAGAAGAUGCGCGCUAAGAUGUUGGGGGAUAUUGCGGCGAUCACCACUGCUAACGCCAUCACGACCACCGCCAGCAGCGUGAAGGCACCAGAAAUGCGAUCUGUACCAGACCUCAACAGCUCCAACGGGAAUCCAGAGAGGAGCAGCUCUGUGUCUCAUACGGUGGCUCGAUCGGCUUCAUCUUCAGCCCUGACCAGGAGAGGGGAUGAGGAACCGCACGUGCACAUGGUCCCUGCUCAGGCAUCCACGCCUGUAGCACGAGUACCCGACGCCAAGAAAUCCUCUGAGAAAAUAGCGGAGCCUGGAAGCGCCUCACCAUGUCCGGACAGUGACCUGGAGAGUCCCAAAGGGAAGGAGAAGAAGAGUUCAGGGCCCAGCGCUCGCAAAGGGAAAGGUCAGAUCGAGAAGAGGAAGCUGCGUGAGAAGCGGCGCUCCACAGGAGUAGUCAGCAUCCCGUCCAAUGAGAGUUUGGACGAACUGGAUGAUGAUGAUGGAGAUAAGGAGAAGAAGAGCGAGGAAGAGCUCACACAGCAAAACACUGUGCAGAACGAGUCCAUGACUUCUGAUCUCGGAGCCGGACAUGCACAGGACACGGUGAGAACGGGUAGUGGCCGCCAAAAAAGUGAGGAAGACGUAGGAGGAAACAGAUCUCGUCAGACUCACGCUCGUUAUGGCAACACAGGACUGGAGAGGAGGAUUGAGGAGCUGGAGAAGGAGCUGGCUUUGGAGAAACAGGAGAACACUCGGCUGUUGAAGUCUCAUCAGGAUAAAGAUGAACUGAUUGUUAAACUAAAGGAGGAAAUCGAUCUGUUAAACCGGGACCUGGAUGACAUUGAGGAUGAGAACGAGCAGCUGAAGCAGGAGAAUAAAACUCUGCUGAAGGUCGUAGGUCAGCUGACCAGGUAGAAGCUCGAGGAUGGAAACGGCACAUGAGAGAAAGAAUCCUGAGAGACGCAGGAAGUCGUAUUUAAUGUAAAUGUGUGUACAUACGGAAAAGCGCAGACGGAGGAUGAAUGUACGUCGCCAUGGCGCCACACGUCCAUCCGCAUUGUCUUUUUUUCUCUGAGUUCAUGUUGGCCACGUCCCAAACGCUAGCUCACGAUAGCUGUUAGCAUUCUGGCUAAAAUUUAAGCAAAGAUGCACAUUAUUGUAUAUUAGUAUUUUGGAACGCCAAGUCUUAUGCUAGCUGCUAUUUGAUGCUAAUGUUAACAAAUAGAUUUCCUGAUGCUAGAAUCAUAUGCUAGGCGCUAAAACCGCUACCUAGCUAGCAAGUAGCUAAACACAUAGCUAGCUGUUAAUCUGGUGACAGUGUGCUAUGUGAACAACGCUAUGCUACAACGCUUCAUUUGUAUUAGAUAUUAGCACGCCCAUGUGUUUUAGCUAGCUGAAGUUUAUAUGCUAACUGAUGUUUAUUUGUUUUUGCUAGCUGUCAUCUGUCACACAUAGCUGCUGAGUAGUUUAUAUCCUAGCUAAUUUAAAACGCCUGAUUGGUACAAAGUGUGAUUUAUUAUUUUUUUUUACAGUUGCACAAAGUACAGUAUGCUAGGUGUUAGCCUAUUAGCUGUUAACUGCUCAAUGUGUCCUCUUCAAAACUAGCAGUGGGCAGAGUUUAGUGCUAAUCACUGGGUAAAAAAACAAAUCAAGUACAUUUUAAAUAGCCAAAUAGCUAAUUAGCAGCUAGCUUAUGCAGUCGUCAUUGUAAUCAUAGUUUUUCCUGUCAGACUCUACUGUGUUUAGCAGUUAGCUAGCUAGUUGUGACAUGUUUCUUUUCUGAUUAGCUGGUUAGCAAUUAAAUACACUGUAGCGAUGUGCAGUUAAACAGGACGUGAUGAAAUACAAACCUUUCCUUGGCUGAAUAUUAGUGCUUCCGAUAAGUUUUCUAGCUAACAUGCUAACAAACAUUACUCGAUUAUGCUUAGCAAUUCUAAAUACUUACUAAGUGCCUGUUAGCCUGUUAGCUAGUUAGUAAGAUUAGGUACAGUCUCCUUAAAAUGUUCAUAUUUAUUGAUAAUUUAUGAUUAGCACUAAUUUCAUAUUCUAGCUGCUAAUUAGCCGUGUUUUGGUGUGUGUAUCUCUGUAUACACUUUGCUAGCUGCUGACUAGCCGUUAGCUAGUUAGUGAAGAUUGUCCUGAAUGCUAUAAUGUCAGGACAAUUUUCUUUCUGACAUAGCUAGCAUUAGCAGAGCGGUUUAAUUUGCUAGCGCUCAUCACAUCCGUUAGCUGAUAUUUCUGUUAUUGGCUAGUUAAUAAAGCAGCUACAAUAAAAACAGCCUAGUUUUGUUUGAAUGAUAGAAUGCUAAUAUUUUGUAUUGUUUGUAUUGACUUUGUUCAUUUAUUUUAGCGCUGUUGUGUUUAUGCUAGCUGCUUAUUAGCCAUGUUUUGAAAAGCAUGUCAUGUUUAGAGCACUUAGCUAGGCAAAAAUAAUUUAUGCUAAUAAGAGCAUUUCUGUGUAAAGCUAGCAUUUGGGACCAGAGGAAACAGGAUUGUGGGUUGUAUGUGUUGUCUGUUGUGUGUGUUGUAAAAGGUAAUCUAGAGAUGUGUGUUGUUUUGGUAGGUGGUGGUGUGUAUUGAGAAGGGUUGUAUGUUGUGUGUUAUUGUAGAGAGUUUUGUGCAUUGUGUAUUAUUGUUUAUUGUAUGUUGUGUAAAUGGUGAGUUGUGUGUUAUGUGUUUUGUUGUGUGAGGAGUGUGUGUAAUUGUGUGUUUUGUUUAAUAAAGCGGUUGUCGGCGUGUGGCUGCUGUUCCAUCCUGUAACACUGAUUUGUGUGUAUUUUUGGGAUUUCUCCGUCAUGAUGUUGUGUUUCUUUGUUUUGGAUUGUGUUUUCUCCAGGUGUUUACAGAUGUGUUGUUUCAGGUCUGUGAUCCGCUGUAGCUCCGCCUCUACAAUCUAUCAUUUAAACCAAAUCAAGUUCGAAAUGUAAAAAAAAAAAACUAAGCAUUUAAUAAACAUCCUGAUUAUA